GCCCGGAGGGAGCGGGGCGGGGAGCGGGGAGAGGGGUGCGGGGUCUGGGGAGAGGGCUCUGGGGCGGCCCGGCGGAGGGUGACGGCCCCGGGAGCUGCUGCUGCCGCUGCCCGCGCCGCUGCCAUGAAUCACAAAAGCAAAAAGCGGAUCCGUGAGGCGAAGCGAAGCGCCCGGCCCGAGCUGAAGGACUCCCUGGACUGGACCCGCCACAACUACUGCGAGACCUUUCCCCUCAGCCCCGCCGCAUGCAAGGAUAACGUGGAGAGGGCAGAUGCACUCCAGCUAACGGUGGAGGAGUUUGUUGAGCGUUAUGAAAAACCUUACAAGCCUGUAGUCUUGCUGAAUGCUCAGGUGGGUUGGUCAGCCCAGGAGAAGUGGACUCUGGAACGCCUGAAACGCAAGUACAGGAACCAGAAGUUCAAGUGUGGGGAGGACAAUGAUGGUUAUUCUGUGAAGAUGAAGAUGAAAUACUACAUAGAGUAUAUGGAAACCACCCGGGAUGACAGCCCCCUCUACAUCUUUGACAGCAGUUAUGGAGAGCAUCCCAAACGCAGGAAACUCCUGGAGGACUACAAAGUACCCAAAUUCUUCACUGAUGAUCUCUUCCAGUAUGCAGGGGAGAAACGGAGGCCCCCCUACAGAUGGUUUGUGAUGGGCCCACCUCGUUCUGGAACAGGAAUUCACAUUGAUCCCUUGGGAACCAGUGCAUGGAAUGCCUUAGUCCAGGGACAUAAACGUUGGUGCCUGUUCCCCACCAGCACUCCCCGAGAGCUGAUCAAAGUGACCAGAGAGGAGGGAGGGAACCAGCAGGAUGAGGCCAUCACAUGGUUCAAUGUCAUCUACCCAAGGACACAGCUCCCCACUUGGCCCCCUGAAUUCAAACCCCUGGAAAUCUUGCAGAAACCAGGGGAGACAGUUUUUGUGCCAGGUGGCUGGUGGCACGUGGUUCUCAACCUUGACACAACUAUUGCCAUCACACAGAACUUUGCCAGUUGCACCAAUUUCCCUGUGGUGUGGCACAAGACAGUGAGAGGGAGACCCAAACUGUCCCGGAAGUGGUACAGGAUCCUCAAGCAGGAACAUCCAGACUUGGCAGCACUGGCUGAUUCAGUUGACCUGCAGGAAUCCACUGGUAUUGCUUCUGAUAGUUCUAGUGACUCUUCCAGUUCCUCAAGCUCCAGCUCCUCAGACUCUGAUUCAGAGUGUGACUCUGGCUCUGAGACAGAGGGGAUGAUGCACAGGAGGAAAAAGAGGAGAACGUGCAGCAUGAUGGGCAAUGGGGACACAACUUCCCAGGAUGACUGUGUCAGCAAGGAGCGCAGCUCCUCCAGGAUUAGGGAAUCUUGUGGAGGCCGCAGCUACCCCUGAGUGCUAAACACCAACCCCCCGGAGGCAGCUGCCCAUGGAAGCUCCUUUAGCAGCCAGCCAGCUCUCUUCUGCCCCCUUCUGCUCUGUCUCACAGUCCUUGAGUUUUUUUGUCACUCUUCCUCGACCCAGACAUCCCUCUUCAUCUCGUGCUGUGGAAGGUUGGCUCCUUGGUAACUGGCAGGGGAAUGCCCUGACUUGUUGUGCAAUGCUUUGUUCCCUCUGUGCCCCAGGUGAGGGCACUGCUCACCCAGCUUUGGGUAAGGACAUGCCAAGUAUUGAAUGGUUCACCCAACUGGCAAAGAAGGUGAAGGUCAGUUUUUAAAGAACUCUUUUUAAAACCAGCAGGUAAAUCUUCAAAACAAAACAAAAAACCUGUGUUGUUUUGACACUGUCAGAUGUUUACAUGUUGUCCUGUACACUUGAGGAAAGGAACACCAGCCCUUCUGCUCUGUCUGAACACCCAGUGGAUCUCCCAGCUGAAUUUCAGGAAGGGAAGGUGGUAUGAAUGCUCCAAACUCUGAAGGAACUUCAGGGGAGGUGACUACCAACCUACAGCAUCUUUCAUGGUCUUAAUCUACAGCUAGGGUGCAACACCUUAACCAGCAAGGAUCUCUUUCCUUUUGCUCUGUGUCAUGAUGGACUGGUAACAGAUGCACUAGCACCUUGUGAUAGGAAGCUUGAUGGAGCAGGAUAAUCCUGGACUUUCUUGCACAGCAAAAACCAUGGGGAAAAAGUCAGCAUUUGCCAGUAACCACAGCCCUUUGAGUGCAGGUGUGAUGUUUAGCACUGGGCAACAACUGACAAAGUCUGACUCCUGGAGGGUAACAACAGUUUCUGGGCUUUAAAUACCAAGCAGUUCCAGGGGUGUGGGCUGGUUCAGGCCAGUGCAGUUCACAUACAUUAAUGGUUUUUCUUUCACUUGAUGGGUUCAGAUGUUUCUGGAACUUGAGGUGCCAAUUUUACAGGACUGGGAGGGGGGACAUACAUUGUUUUAUGCUUUUUUAAAAAUGCAGUGUGUUGCUUAAGUCUGUGUAGAUGCAUUUGUUUUAUGCCAGUUAAAGCUCUUGUCCCCAAGGGAGCUGUUGGAGCUGCUGUGUUUGGGUUUUGGUUUUGGUUUUUAGCAGAGGCUUGUGCUGGUUGUGCCAGUGAAGAGGUCUGGCUGGCUGAAGGUGUGUUGCAAGGAAAGGAUCCUACUGUUUAGCUGAAGAGCACAGGGAGAAGCUGGCAGGGUUGGGGUGCUCCCCUGGGCCCCAGGUGUUAGAUCUCACUGCAGCUCACUCCUCUGUCCAGGAGAAGACUUCAAAGCAGAAAUGAUGUGCAUAUAGUGAACUUGCAGGAGUGCCCAGGCAGGGGUAGCAGAAUUCAAAAGCAGAUUGGCUGCCUUAACAGUAACUUCCUUAUACAUGUUGGACUUGGAACCCAGAUGUUGCCUUUCUGGGUGUUCUGUUUUUAUUUUUAUUUUUGUUAAACUUUGUCUGUUCCUGUUUAAACCCUUUCAGGGAGACAGGGCCCUGUCCUGUCAUACAAAGGAAUCCUAAAUCUGUUUGUCAGGAUAUCUGCUUCUGAAUCCUCUGUGCCAGGCUGUUUGUGUAGAAAUAGCAUGGUUGUGGUGAAAAAAAGAGAGAGGGGAGGUUUAUUGAUACACUCCUUGGGUGUCCAGCCUCCUGAAUGUCCUCUGAUAGCCAAGCAUAAGGGAGCACACUUGCUCUGUAGACUGCUGCAGAUUCUUCCACAAGAUUACUUCAUUUAAAAAAAAAAAAAAAAAGGAACUACUCAAACUCCUGGCUUUUCUGCCUUUUUUCCUGCCCAGCUGAGCAGCCUGGGAGCCUGCACAAUCUGUGUUUCUUUUCAGAGCAGGAUGCAGCUGGUGCCUUUUGGGCCUGGAGAGGCAAAGGCUCAGAAGUCUCAGCUCUGUCACAGUAAGGAGAGCCCUUAGAGAGCUGCCCAGUGCCCUCUUUGGUGGCUUGGCAGCUCCUGUGUCAGUCAGGUGGCUUCUGCUGUAGCUUGCAGUUGUUUUUGCCAUGCCCAGUUUAGUUUUGCAGCCUUAAAUGUGUGUGAGAGCCUGACGGCUGUGCCAGGACCACCUCCCCUCUGCUACCAGCAGCACAGUGAGAAGAUGCAGAGUCAGAACUCUGCCAUGCUUCUAGGAAAUCAGUUCCAAAUGGAAGCCUGGGGCUGUUUGCCAUCCCCUGAAGAGCAGCAGUGUGUCUGACAGGGACUGCAGGCAUCGUGAGCCCAGCAGGGCUGUGCUGACUGCUCCACAAGGCACUUUCUGCUCCAACACAAAGAUGGAUCUGUUCAGGUGCCCUGGGAAUCAGGACUCCUGGGAUUUCUGGUUCUUCCACCUCCAGGCUCUUGCUUCAGCUGAACUGGUGAGCUGCUCUCUUUGUCUCAGCAGGUGAGGACAUUACCUACCUCACAGGGCUGGUGUGAGGCUGAAAGGAACAUACUGGGCAAGAUGUUUUCAAGUCAUCCUUCCACAAAAAGCGUUCCAGACGUCCUGAGCAACCUGAGACUUCCCAUCCUGGUGUUAGCUUUUUGUAGCAGAAAACAUUGGGGAUGUUUGUUCAGCACUCUCAGCCACGUGGUGGUGUGUGCUGGCCCUUCCAGAACUGCUGUGUGGUACAGAAAUUGUAGCAGAACAAGGCUUUUUGUUUUCACCAGAGUUUAACUGUUGGCAUUUCAUGGCCUCCUCUAAAUGGGAUGUCCUGCUAGAUUGGGAUUUUUGUUUUUAAAUAGGCUUAUAUUAGAUCUCUCACCAGGAGUCAGCUCCACUGGCCUUACAGGGAGGAGGAGAGCUGGUACCUCCCAGACCCUCAUUCCAGGCUGGAUGAAUAAGGAAUAAAAUUAAAAACUGUGCUCCCCUUGUGUCUAGCUCCAUGCCAGUGGGAGGCUGACUGGGGAGAGUGGGUUUUGUGCUCACUUCUCCACAUUUGUGCUUCUUGGGGCUUCCAUGUCUCUUGUUCUGACUCCACUGCUUUUAUGGACUGGGGAGCCCCAAAGCAGCAGCACUGCUCUGCCCCAGCACCCAGGGCCAGGCUGGGAGGGUUGGACUGGGAGCUCCCCAAUUGCACUGUGCCUCUGGGUCCCUGUCCUGCCUGCUCUGGCUGAAGGUGCAGGGUUUGGUGAGCUCUGGCUCUGCUUUUGGGGCUGGUCACCAGUGCAAGUUUGUGUGCUGGGGGAGCUCAGGAGGAAAACCCCCCAUGAGAGCUGAGAUGUGGACAAGGGGCACCCUGAUCUCAGAGAUGGCACCAAGGAAGUGCUGGCAUCCCCUUCCUUCCCUUCCUAACCUGGGCACCCUGCCUCCAGUUUCUCUUCUCAGCUGUUAACUCCCUCCAGAUGCUUAGAAGAAAGACAGCAACCUCUUCCAUAACUAACCCAGACUCCUCCUCCAUGGAUCCCCAGGCAGUGUGGGGCAGGGAGCAUUUUGUUGGCUGAAUCAAAUGUGAAAUGGCUGUGUGGGUCAGUUGUGAUGGGAGGUUUGGGGCAUUUCCCUGGCAAAGGGGGAAAGGAAAGAGCUGAACUGAUCCAUUUGGCAGCCACACUGUCAGCUCCCAGCCCUGCUGCUGCCCUUAGCUGCUUUUAUCACCCCAUCCAGCAGAGCUGGGAUACUCUUAAAUGGUCUUGUUUGAAUGAUUGUGGUUUUGCUUUUUAUUUUAAAUAAAAUCAAUUAUUUUGCA